UGAUGACACCCGCCACCAAUGAUCUUGAACCGCUCGGGACAGUGCACCACGAGAGACCAAGCGUCCGAGGCAACAUGAACGCGGCACUUGCAGAGUCGGCGUCUCUUGAUUCAGUGGAGUACGACCCGAUAGCGCAUCUGAACCUCCUAUUCUCGCACCCGUCCACCGUGUCCUCGGUCGCCCGCGUCUCGACGACGAUUCGGCAGCGCAAAGAUGAGCUCUCGCAGUCGAUCGCCGCCCUCGAGGUCGCCCAAGCUUACGGGCCCAACUCGUCGCUGGAGCGAAUGCAGUCGGCCCAGGCUGAGCUGGCCUCGCUCUUCCGGCGCAUCGAGGACGUGCGCAGCCGCGCGCUGCAAACCGAGCGAGACAUCACCGUCAUGACUGCCGACAUCAAACGCCUCGACGCCACCAAGCGGAACUUGACGCUGAGCAUGACCGCACUGAAGCGCCUCCAGAUGUUGACGACGGCCUACGAGCAGCUCCGCGGGCUCGCCCGCACCCGCCAGUAUCGCGAAUGCGCCGGCCUGCUGCAGGCCGUGCUGCAGCUGAUGCGCCACUUCAACAGCUACCGCAGCAUCGAGCAGAUUGCCGUGUUGAGCCGCAAUGUCAGCGAGCUGCAGCGCGAGCUGCUCGAGCAGGUUUGCGAGGACUUCGAGAUGGCUUUCGCCAAGGGCGAGGUGACGGCGCGCCGCGCCAUGCUGGUCGAAGCCUGCCUGGUCAUGGACGCCCUGGGCGAACACGCCAAGACGAGGUUGGUUACGUGGUAUGUCAACACGGAGUUGCGCGAGUAUCGCCAGGUCUUCCGCGGCAACGACGAGGCAGGCAGCCUGGACAACAUCGGCCGACGCUACGCCUGGUUCAAGCGCAUGCUCAAGACGCACGAGGACGAGCACGCCGCCAUAUUCCCCCCGCACUGGCGCGUCAGCGAAACGCUAGCCAUGGCCUUUUGUGACGGUACCCGAGAGGACUUCAAAGGAAUCUUGGAGAAGAGCCUUCGCCGGAUCGACGGCGCCAAGCUCGACGUCAACCUGCUGCUCAGCUGCCUCCAGGAGACCAUGGACUUUGAGCAGAGCCUAGAGAGGCGGUUCGCCAGUGAUCCUCGGGCGAGCAUCGAUACCCUAAGCUCGGCGGACGACAGGAUACAGAACUUCAACGGCUCGAUAUCCGUCGCCUUUGAGCCCUACCUGAGCUUGUGGGUCGAAUCGCAAGACAAGGCGUUGGCGAGCAUGAUCCCCAAGUACAAGACGCAACCGAUUAUACCUGCCGACGAGGAAUUCUCGCCGCAGGCUGUUGUCCCGUCCGCGAUCGAGCUGUUCCACUUCUACAAGCUUACGCUCUCGCAGUGUGCCAAGCUGUCUACCGGCGAGCGACUGCUCGAUCUCAGCAAGACGCUGGCAAAGUAUCUGGACGAGUAUGCCCAACAGGUCCUCCUCAACUUCCUCCAACGCGGUGGACCGCAAGGGCCACCGAUUCGAGAGAUCGUUCUUGUCCUUAACACGGCCGAUUUCUGGCACGUCAAUACCAACCAGCUGGAAGAGAGCAUCAAGAAGCGGAUCGACCCGGAAAUGGCCUCAAGAGUGGACCUCUCCGCUCAAUCCGAUGCUUUCCUGGGCGUCGCCAGCGCUGCCGUCAUGGCGCUCGUGGCCAAGGCCGAGCUCGACUGUGAGGGGGCGUGGCGCGAGAUGAAGAAUACCAACUGGAGCCGGAUGGAGAGCGUCAGCGACCAGAGCUCGUACGUCGGCGAGCUCCUCAAGCACAUAAACGGCAAAGCCCAAGAGAUCCUACCCAUGGUCAUCAAGCAUCAGUACGCCCGAGCCUUCUGCGACAACCUGGUCGAGCACCUCGCCACAGCCUACCUCACGAACGUUGUUCAAUGCCGCCCCAUCGGCGAGGUCGGCGCCGAACAAAUGCUGCUCGACAAAUACGUCCUGACGAAAUCACUCGAAAACCUCCUCUCCUACCAUAACAACCCCGCCGCGACCCAGCCAGCGGCCCCGCCUCCCGCAGGUUUCGUCAAGCGCGUCAACCAAUCCAUGACGCGCGUCGAUCCGCUGCUCAAAACUCUGCAGGUCCGCCCAUCCCCUCCCGAGGGCCUCGUGCAGGCCUACCUGAUCCACAUCGGCGACCGGUCCGACACCAAUUUCCGCAAGAUCCUCGAGCUCAAGGGCGUGCGCAAGCAGGACCAUGCCUACCUCCUGGAGCUGUUUGCGAUCCACCGCGAGGGCUCGUCCGUGCCGCUCGUGCAGAGCUCGCCCUUGCUCACGCCCCUCAUGGCCGCCGGAUCCUCGGGCGGGCUGGGCAGCGCGGGGAUCGCGAGCAACAGCGGCGCGGCGGCCGCGGCGAGCGCUGGGUUGCAGGGCCGCUUCGAUGCCGCGUCGCUGGGGGAGAAGCUGCUGAACGCGGCGCGGGACGGGGUCGAGAGGAUGGGAACCACGGCCGCGGGAGGAGUGCCUGGGGCGGGUGGGGCCGGGGGUGCGGCGCAGGGCGAGAAAGCGACGAUCAAUGAGAACCUGAAAAAUAUUGGCAAGUUCUUUAGGAGGGAUAUCGGCGGGUUGGGUGCGCGGUUCGGGAAGAGGGAUAUAACGCCCACCGGUGGCGCUGACGGGUGAGGAAGCUGCAAGUGCAGUGACGAGCGACCGAUCUGUAUUGAAUACUUAUCCAUCACAGUUAGCUGUCGAGCUGGGUCGGCAUGGGGACAAUGGACUGGGGCGAUGGGUGUGCGAAUGUCGGUUUUCCUUGGGUUGAACAGCACGCUUUUUGAAGGUGUGGCCCUGCAUAUGGCAUUGCCAAGCACCCUGAGACUGCAUCUUUGAAUCUGAGCAUCAUCUGCACAUCGGCCUCCUUGCGGACGGUCCUCCGUAGCCCACGCACAACAACCGGCCGGCAGAAAACCAUCACCAUGUAAAAUACCCUACGGCGGCUGUCUGCCUCCGUAAGUUUGAAGCGAAGCCCAGUAGAUGAAGCGAAGUUUGCUCCUCCAGUGCCUACACUGUAUGUA